AAAUUGAGACAAUAUGUCUCUACCCCCGCAUAUACCCGAUCCAAAUGGAAGUGACAACGAAUACGUGCAUAUACGAUGCCUCAUUGCAAACAUACACAAACAAAAAAAUGUAUCGAGACCUCCAUCUACGGCGUCAGAUAAGGGUUCAGUAUUAGAAGUUGUCAAAGAAUCACCGACAUCUUCGGACUCGGAGAAUUGUUCAGGAUCGGAUAUCUCCAAGCCAGACGUAACUGAAGAACUAACGCCGCCACCACGUGCUAAAAGUAACAGCUUCGCAGGUUCUAUGCUGUCACUUCCGAUGCAGCAUAACAAAAGACGUCGGCCUUCGUUCCUUCAUCUGCAAAUCGGCGGUAAUUCAGAAAGUCCGGGACCUGUCUCAGCCGGACCCCACCUCAGCGUUCCCCGGUUCACCGUGACUGCCCCGCCCGGAGAGCACCACCGUCGUUUCAGUCAUGGCUUCGCAGCAUUCCAUGGAUUCGCAUUGCGACGUCACUCCAACACGGUCUGCGCAAUGAAAGAUACAAGUGUGAACAUGAUGUGUUUCUUGUGAUAUGUUUUACGAUGAAAGUUUUGUGUUUAUUGCAUUAUCAUUAACCUGCAGCUUUGCAUGAUGCAAAAACUGCUCAAUGCACGUAUGACAAAAAAAAACUUAGUUUUCCCCAAUGAGAGCAUUUCCAGCAAUACCUAGAGCAUGCCUAUAAAAACGUAAGUCUAACAAGUGAUUUUCGGUUAUCUAAAAUUUAGUGUCCUUUCAAUGUUUUUAUGUAAUAAAUGUUAUGUUAGUUAUAUUAAUUACAUAAUAAUGAAAAGCAUACCAUACAGAAAGCUAAUAAUAGCGCAGAUUAUCUAAAUCGUAUAUCAUUUAAUUAAUUUAAUAAAUUAAAUUGUUGACAGACUAAUUGUUUUUGCGUUUGGGCACGUUAAUCUGUGUAUGAGAUAAGCUAGGGUUCUAGUGUUCCAUUUAGAUCUAUUGAAAAACAUAUUAAAAGUCAUUUUUUUAAAGCGCACAUUAAAUUGCAAGCUCACGCUUGUGGUUGCGUAUGUUAUAAAAUCAUUAUAUUGUUCAAAAUUUGCCACGUAAAAUCGGUUUACUCCAAACAUUAUAAUGCGUACUUUAUUGGGCUACCUUGCGAUACCCGUUAUCAUUAUAUCUAUAAAAUAUAAAUUAUGUUCAGUGUUAGUUGCGAACCGAGUCGUGUGAACGUUUGCAUGUGCCGUUGACAAUAAUUCUACAUUAUUGUUUAUCAUCACUAAGGCAGAACGAUAGUUUUGUUAAAAAAUAAUAUUAAUGGUUGCCAAACCUACCAUGUUACGUUGGAGUCUGCAACCGAUCGAGAGCCUCCACCGCAGCGAGUCGAUGGUGUCUCUCGCGUGCUUCAGGACCCUUUCUCAGUUGGUGAAUAGUGAGAACGUUAGUGAACUUCAGCAGUAUCUUGCGAACAACAAAAAUGUCAACAUCGACGACAAAGAUGAGAAUGGUACGACAUCACUCAUGGUCGCUGCGGAGAACGGUCGUACGGACGCGGUCAGCUUACUUCUGGAAGCGGGAGCGGACGCGGGUGCUGCCGACGCUGACGGGUGGACACCUUUGGCUUUCGCAGCGCGCGGCGGGUACUUGCCCAUUGUACGAGAGCUAUUAGAUGCAAAAUCACGUGUCGACCCCAGAGACUGUGGCGGCUGGACUCCUCUCAUGUGGGCCUCUUACAAAGGUAAUGAAGAUGUAGUGGCUUUAUUACUGGAGAAGGGAGCCGACGUACAUGCACAUGGAAACUACAACAUCAACUCGUUGGUGUGGGCGGCGGGGCGACGUCACAGCGGCGUCGUGACGCGCUUGCUGGCGGCGGGCGCGCGCGCUAACUCGUGCGACAAGUACGCGACCUCGGCGCUCACGUGGGCCGCGAGGGCCGGUGACGUCACGGCGUGCGCCGCGCUGCUACGCGCCGGGGCCGAUCCCAACACCGCCGGCAUGUACUGCUGGACCCCGCUGCUUCAGGCCACGCAAGGUAAUCACUUUGAGAUCGUCCAAAUGCUCUUGGAACACAAGCCCAACGUAAAUGCUUUAGACAAGGACGGCUACACCGCUCUCGCUAUAGCCUGCAAGGAAGGCUACUUUGACAUCGCCUUAGCUCUCAUCAACUCUGGUGCUUAUAUUAAUGUUCAGGAUCACUCGAAAGACACGCCGCUGAUACAUGCGGUCAAAGGAGGUCACAAGAACAUAGUGGAGACCCUACUGAAGAAGCACGUCGAUGUCGAUCUGGCCGGGAAAGAAAAGAAAACCCCCGUCUACACUGCCGUCGAGAAAGGACAUGUGCCCGUUCUCAAGCUUUUGCUCGCUUCUAACCCCGAUCUGGAGCAUUGUACUGCGAGCGGAGACACUCCACUGCUACGGGCCGUGAGGUCCCGGAAUGCGGAGAUGGUUCAGUUGCUGUUGGAGCGGAAGGCGCGCGUCACCGUGGCCGACAACCGCGGGGACACCGCACUGCACAUCGCCAUGAGAGCCAGGUCUAAGCAAAUCGUCGAAAUAUUAUUAAGGAAUCCAAAGCACAGUCAACUUUUGUACAAGCCUAAUAAACUAAACGAGACUCCGUACAAUAUAGACAUGAAUUACAACAAGACAAUAUUGGGUCAAAUAUUCGGUGCUCGAAAACUGAAUACGAAUGAGGACAACGAGAAUAUGCUGGGCUACGAGCUGUACAGCGCGGCCCUGGCGGACAUGCUCUCGGAGCCCAGUCUGUCUGUCCCCAUCACGGUGGGCCUGUACGCGAGGUGGGGCUCGGGAAAAUCGUUUUUAUUGAAAAAACUUAAAGAGGAGAUGAAGAACUUCGCUCGGCAGUGGAGCGAGUCUGGGUGGGCCUGGUCGUGGGCGGUGUGGUGGGGCGCGUGGCACGCGGCGCUGGGCGUGGCCGUGCUGUGCGCCGUGGCGGGCGCGCCGCCGCACCUCGCCGCCGCGCUCUGCUUCGGGCUCUUCGCCGCCAUCUACCUCGUGCUCUACCUGCUCUGGUACACAGGCAACCGAUACGAGUGGUGGUGGGCGGGAGGAGUGGUUUCAACUUUGGGUCGGAAAUUCAGUUCGUUAUUGCUGGUGCUGCAAGUUGUAUUCUGUCAUCCUCCUGGACCGAACGAUCCGCGUGCCUUACCCGCUACUCCGAUAAGAUUUCAUUUCACGGAAGGCAUGAGAGGUGGCGGACAGGAGGGAGACGCCAUGGUGGUGCAGAUGAUCGCGAGCCUGGCUGAGGCUCUCGAGUGUCAGUACGGGCGCGUCUGCACGAGACUAGCGCGAGCUUUUAGACCUAAACCGGUAUCUUCGACUUCUGGGUGGAAAUGGCGUAAAGUGUGCUGCAUUCCACACAUCAUCACGUUCGAGCUGUGCUUCACGUGCAUGCUCGUCGGGAUCUGCGUACUCGUAAUGUACUUGACUGAAAAUAGUGAGAAUCAACAACGGCGCAACAUCCAACAGUGGCUGAUGAUAGGCGCGGCGUGCGUGGCGGGCGCGGGCGUGCUCGCCAACCUGUACACGUGCGGGCGCGUGCUCGCCUCGCUCGCGGUGACGCCGCGCCGCAGCCUGGCGCGGGCGCUGCGCCGGGACGCGCCCACCGUCGCGCUCCGCCCGCACGUGCACGCGCUCACACACAUGGUGUCGUGCCUGGAUGCGUUCACGGGGCAGCAGACGCGGCUGGUGGUGGUGGUGGACGCCCUGGACAGCUGCGAGCAAGAGAAGGUCCUCACGCUACUGAACGCGGUGCACGCGCUGUGCUCCGACCCCAAUAGUCCUUUUAUACUCCUACUCGCCAUAGACCCGCACAUCAUCGCUAAGGCAGUAGAAAUGAACAGUCGUCGGACAUUCUCUGAGAGUAACAUCGGUGGUUGGGAUUACUUGCGGAACAUGGUGCAGCUGCCGUUCUACCUCCAGAACUCGGCCCUCCGCAGAGUGAAGUUGGCCCAGCAGACGGCCACCAAGCGGAUGCAACCGACCGCCGCGGAGGACUUCUCCACCUCUCUCCAGAGAUCCGUGUCGGCCCGGCGCCUGUCGUCCACGUCGGAGUUGAUGUCGAGCCAGGAGCGCAUCAAGAGCCAGAGCAAGGAGGCGGGGCGCGCGCGGCGCCUGCGCCCCUCCGAGUCGGUGGCGUCGUCCGUGGCGUCCGGCCUGCACCGCGCCGCGCCCGUGGCCGACCUGGGCCGCGUCAUGCUCACCGACGACUACUUCAGCGACGUCAACCCGCGCAGCAUGACCCGCCUCAUGAACGUGCUCUACAUCACAGGUCGCCUCCUCAAAGCAUUCCAAAUAGAAUUUAACUGGUAUCAGUUGGCUUCGUGGGUGAAUCUGACGGAACAAUGGCCAUUCCGAACGUCGUGGAUCAUCUACCACCACGAGACGUACGAAGAGCACAUAGACGACACCACCUCGCUAAAGAACAUUUACGAGAAAGUCAAACCCCUGAUGAACGGGCUCCGCGAAGCCGGCACGCUGAUGGAAUUGGAUCGCGACGAGCGCAAGCUGGAAGUGUUCCUCAGCUUCCAUCGGUCCACCCUCACCGCUGCCGAUCUGAAGAUCUUCCUGCCCUUCACGAUCAACUUAGAUCCAUACAUCAAGAAAGUGAUUAAAGAGGAACACGCCCAGACGAACGGGGAAGACGAGAUGGGUGCCGGAGCAGCCGCGGGCCCUGCGUGGGGAGCUCCACAACAACCUAAACAACCUACAUCGAAACUCUUUAACAGAAAACAUCGUGCGUCGAGUGCAGUGGCGCCCGCCCCGAGCGGCGCGCCGCCCGCGCUCUGGAUGGAGUGGCCGCAGCCGCCCCCCGCGCAGCCGCCGCCCUCCCGCAACCCCUACCAUCUGCUGCGCUCGGCCUUCCCCGCACUGAAUGACAUCUCGAACCUGCGCCUGUCGACCCUGAGCGUGGAGUGCGUGUGCUGCGUGGUGCGCGAGGGGCUGGGCGAGGGCGGGCUGCUGGCGGCGGCGGCACUGCUGGAGAACCGCGUCUGCGGACUGGCGCUCUCUGUCUGCAAACUUGAAGACCUGCAGCCGGUAUUGAAACUACCGUUCGGCGACUGGGAGCUAUUCAAAUUGCUGAUUACGAAUUUGCGUGAACUGGAAGCUAAUAUGCCCACAAACAUGCCAGCCGUAACCGUAAACUCGGAGAAAACAUCGGAGAUCGAGCCGGAUUCUAGCAAACCUCGAAUGGCGGUGGAACACCAGCGAAGCCGACCCUCUAAUGUUGAGAAACAGGUGACGCUGGAGGAGCAGAUGAUCUGCGGCGCCCUGCAGACGCUGAGCGAGGAGGCGGUGGAGGAGGUGGCGCAGUCCGAGAGCGGCGCCGACCCAGACGACGAUCCGACGCGGACUCACGACCGGCGCGACCCCUCCAUACUGAAGGGCGGCAGCGUGCGGCGCCGCGACCCGCCCGCCGUCACCUUCAACUUCGAGAACGAAGAGGAGUCGGACGACGACGGACAGAUCACGUUCAGCGCACGCCCGCGGCCCUCCGCCCUCUACCGGCCGCGUCCCGCCCCGCGCCCCUCCUCGCCUCGCUCCCGCCCCUCGUCCCUGCUCGUCGCGAACGAAGACAGCGUGGAUAGCGCCCGUCUCGCCGCGCGAUCUCGCUCCGUCGAGGACUCUUCUCGGGCACCUUCACUCGAUCAACCACUGGAUCUGAAACUUCGUAGCUUGCGCAAAACCGCCGAGAUCCUGCGAAAGGUCAGUUCUGCCGAGAGACUCACGAGACUUCGCGAUAAAAUAAUAUCGAGAAACGGAUCCCGAGACCGCAGUCCGCCGCGCGAAUACGCGACCAGCGACGACGAGUCUGCACCGCUCGUGUCAUCGGACGACGCUCGAGCCGUGCCCUCGGGCGGCGCCCAGCUGUCUCCGCGCUCCGACCUCACAGAGCUCGAGUCUCCGCGCUCCAGGGACGCGGCCUUUGAUCUGCUGCCGGAGCAGAAGACCAGCGAGAACCGUGCGACGCGCCCCGCCCUUGAACGCUCCGGCAGUUGGGCGUCCGUCUCCAACAUGGUGGAGCCGUACAACAUGCGGCUACUGUCGCACGGCACAGCGGACGGUUGCCGGUCGCUUUGGCGGCAGGACGCCCUCGACUCGGACCCGCCUUGGCCGUGGGAUGAUGAACCGGAUUCCGUGGUUUGAUGGCAUUGCGGAGUUGCGGUUAUCCAGUUUUAGCCUGUGGCUACGUUUGAGCGACAUAUACUUCUGCGGCUUCAAAGGCCGACAUCGUCACAAUAUAUUACGAAUGUAUUUCGUACUUUAUUUUAUUCAGCUUUGAAAUAUUAUCAAGCAUGUACUUAGUGUUAGUACUUACAAAAUAAAAAAGCGUCAUGCUGACGUGAAUUUAUAAUGCAUUUCAUGUUAACCAACGAUUGUGAUAUUAUGAAAACGUUAAAUAAAACUUUUUGGUUGGAAA